AUGGCCUCUAUCGCAGAAGGUCUCGCUGGAGAUCUCAUCAAGAUGAAAGUAGACAGACCAGAGCAACGCCGAACCCCAAUUCAUCAUGUCUUACUCGACAUCCCAUCCGAGAUCCGCAUUCGAAUCUACGAAUGCUUGUUUUCCGUUCUAUCUGUCUCACCAGCAUGCCACAUCGACCGGUCUCAAUCUUCCCUCCAUCACCAGCAGCACGGAAGUGACGACGGCAAGGAUAGGCUGGCCGACCUUUCAAUCUUCCUAGUCUGCCGCAAGAUCUAUCAAGAAUCCCACCCAGUCUUUCUCCGUCAAGCACUCUUCAUCAUCAAGAAUCUGAGCCAGCACCAACAAUUCACCCAGCCAUUGAUGCUGCCAAAGUUGCAGUCCAUCCGCAACCUGUCCGUGACAUUUAACUUGCUUCCCGAAUGGCCGCCCACGCUUUUGCGGUUGGUGAUGCUGUCGCUCGGGCGUUUUGAAAUCACCGACAUCACGGCGGAGCCUGGACAUGUCGAUAUGCUCGGCAUCGAAGGGCAGAUGGGUAUCCGGGAUGAUGGAAACCGUGUGCUACGCGAGUCGGGCACGCCAAAUAACCCUUCUGCCGCGCUGUUUCAUAUCAUCAUCGCGUCCAUGGAGAAAAGUAAGGCGGAGUUGGUCAUGGCGCAUUGCAAUAUAGGGAUGACAUUGACGACGGAUGUGUUGAGCGUGCAAUUCAAGAUUCGGUGUCGACAUGUCGGGCAACAGGUUGUGCCGGGACAGUUUCCUAUGGUGGCGACUGUGCCGCACGAGCAUCCUGAGAGGGAGGUGGUGUAUACUUUUGGAAGGAAGAGGGGUCAUGGUCGCGAGGUAGCGUGA